ACCAUCUCUAGUUGCGAGCAAUUUAUUAUAAUUUUUUUUUCGGCCCCGGACGCAUUUUGUCGUCGAAAAAAUGGAGGCGCUGGUCAAUUACAGCAGCGAGGAGGACCAGGACGAAGCUGGCUACCAAAUUCGGGCACCACAACAACAACAGCAACAGCAACUGAAAAGGGCCAAAAAGAAUAACAACAAUGACUUGAGCAGCGAUGCUGAUGGCGAUGCCAGCAGAGACAGCGGUAGCGCCAGUAGCCCGCCUCAUAAAACCAAAAAUUUUGGAUUUAAAACCAAACAUAAUAGACCCAUCCAACAACAACAACAACAACAACAGCAGGAAGAACAACAACAACAACAAUCGCAGCAUAAUCAGCACCAACACCAACAGUACCGCAACAAUAACAAUUCUCCACUGUUGCAACAAUUGCAAUUGCAACAACAUCACAGGAGCAGCAGCAGUUGCAGCAGCCGCAUCCGUAUAGAUGAGGACUCCCAUCCCAGUCGCCCGCGCCAGGAGCGUGACAGAGAUCGCGAAAGAGAGCGGGACAGGGAUAGAGAACGGGACAAGGACAGAGAACGGGAACGAGAUCGUGACCGAGACCGUGACCGUGACCGAGACCGUGAGCGGGAACGUAACAGGGAUCGCGACAAGGAUCGUGAGCGGGAAAAGCGAGAGCGAGAUGUGGAACGCAGCCGUGAUCGGGAUCACAAUAAGAGUGACCAUCGCCAUUAUCGAACCAAAGAGAGCAGCAGCAACAGCGGACACAAAGAGCGCGAGCGUGAGCGCGACAGAGAACGGGAUCGUGAUCGUGAUCGGGAACGCGAUCGUGAUCGUGAACGUGUUCGCGAUCGUGACCAUGAUCGAGACCGUGACCGUGACCGCGAUCGCCGCCGGUCGGAGAAAAGCAGUCGCCAUCAUCACAGCGGCAAGGACAAGGAGCAGCGCAAGGAACAUCAUCACAACCACGAUCGCAGUCGCCGGCGUCGUGGUGACUCUCGUUCGCGCUCUGGUUCCCGUUCCCGCUCGGCCAAUGACACGCCCCCCGCCUCACGUCGUCGCCACUACCGCUCCAGAUCUCCCAGAGACGAACAAUCUGCCGGAACGCACCGUGGUAGCGGUGGUGCUCACCUGCAGGGCAGUGGCGGAGUCACUGGUGGAUCCUCGUCAGUGGCUGCCGUAGCACUGGCAGCCGCUAAUGCAGCAGUUGCUGCCAUGACAUCAGGCUCGUCGAUCGGAACAGCGUCCGGAGGCGGUGGAUUGUUGGCCGGAGGAGGCGGUGGACUGGGAGGAGCGGCCACAGCUGGCGGCGGAGGACUCUUGCCGACGCCCAACUAUGCACCCAAAAUACCCUCGCUAAUGUCCCUCGAGCUGAGCACUCCGCAGUCGGCCUUGGAAACCCCGAUCCAGUUGCCCAGCUACUAUAAUCCUGGAAUUAUAAACGCCAACCGCUAUGCCGAGCAGCAGCAGAAGCGCAAGCUGCUGUGGGGCUCCAAGAAGAGCGAGGACUCGGCCAACAAGUGGGGCAAUGCUCACUUCUCCCAGGACUCGGACGGCAAGGUGGCCUCAAAGUUUAUGCGGCUGAUGGGCAUCAAGAAUGCCUCCGCCUCCAUGGGUGGCGAAGGCGAAGCUCACAGCCAGGAAGCCGGAGGAGCUGAGGGCGCGGGCAGCAACGGCAGUGCAACCGCUGAGGGUUCAGGAGCAGCGGUCGGCGGCGGUGGAGCGCCUGGAGGAGCAGGAGCAGGAGGAGGCGCGGCAACAAACGUGCCGUCGGAUGUCCAGUUGCGGCAGCGCAUGUUCUCCAACAUGGAGCAGCAGUACGAGAUGGCGCGAGCGGCCACGCACACGAUGCGUGGUGUGGGUCUAGGUUUCGGCUCCCAGCCACGUACUUUCUAAGGGGGGAGGGAAGGAGGGGGAUCAGGCAGGAGCAGGAGGAUCAGGCAUCGGAACAGGCUGUAAAUACAAUGCCACCACUCAACUCAUUUAGUCAUGUCAAGCUGUUGCCCUUCAUCCCUCAAAGUUUUGUUUGUGUUGAGCAAAUGUUUUUUGAUUUCCAAUAAACGUUGCAUGAGAAGAA